AUGGAGGAAGGCGAAAGGAAAAAGCAACAAGAAGCUGCUUCACGUGAAAGAAUGAGACUACUGGAUGCCAUAACUCGUCCAGUUCUCAUACAAACAGACGAGGCUUCUGUCCGAGAACAAACUGGUGAGUUGUUUGACCAAAAUGAAUGAACUGAAAAUUAAAUCAUUAUCCACGCGUUAUUGCAAGAAUUAAUUAUCCAUGCAUUUGUCAAAGCAUUAUCGCGGUUGUCGCUGCAAUUGGACGUUACUUUGUCAGCUUCUUGACAUGUAUUUCUUGCUCUUAUAUUUAUUUGGUUAAAUAUUUUAACUUGAAUGAGAAAUUUAUUUUAUUAAAGAAUUCUUCGGAUCGGAUUGGAAUUCUUUAGGAAAACUUGGAUCGGAUCGGAUUUUAAACAUUAGGCAAUUGUCGGAUUAUAAACGUCCAAUCCGAUCCGAUGCACACCUCUACCAGCUACAGAGGUAGAUAAAAGUACUAAAAGCAUUUAUUUGCAAAUCAGAAAAUAUAUAGUUAACGUUUCGAUAAGUAAUGCUUUCUCUUUUUCAGGUCCGCGUUCCCCUGUGUCUCCUGCUGGAAGUGAUGCUCCAGUUCGAAGAAUAAUGCCACGAAAAGAUAGUGACAGUAUUGGCGACGAUGAUGGCAGCAGUGUGAAGUCCGUUGAGAGUGUCGGUAAAGAGGAGAAAAAAGUUCCUGAAAAUAAAAAUCAAAUCAAUAAACUGCGAGAAUUACGCAAGACGUCAUCGAGUGAUUUACAAGAGGAAAGAAAGUCUCCAGCACUUAAAACGAACGAUGGUGAAAGGAUAGAUCAUCAGGAGGAGGACAAGAUUGAGCGGAAGUCGGCUGUCACUAAAGAUGCAAAGGAAACUUCAAUUGAAAAAUCAAAACAGUUAACCGAGAAACCCACUACUACAGAAG